UAUUUGCAACUAUGAUUAAGCAAGACACUGCUCUAAACUAAAAUCGUCCUCACAACUCACUUGUGCAGUGUGUAAAACGAGGAGUGGUUGAAGGUGGGUGGGGAAUGGUACCAUGCUGGCACUAGCGGUCGUUCACCUCUGUAAAAUUAAUGUAGGUCAGUGACGUUUACUGACCCAGAUGACACGUUAAUUACUGCCACUAAGAUCAACUGUGAUGAGCUGUAUGAUGUCCCCUCCGGCACUCAUCUGUCAUUCAGCUUUUUACCACGUCAAUCACAACGCAUAUAAAGCUGCCUUUGGCGAACCACCAAUCAGCGCGCCUUCAGCAUCCUUUUUCGUCCCUUGGACUAUCUCGGUUCAUUCAUUCGAGAAGCAAAGCACGUUUAUUUAACAACGCUCUCUCUCUCUCUCAGCAACCAUGGAAAUCAUUUGCCGUAUGUGCGAUUUAAAAUUUACGGCGGUCAAGAACCUAAAUCGUCAUGUCAAAGCGAUACACGAAAAGGUAAAAGGCUUUCCUUGUUCUUUGUGUUUUCAAACCUUUUCACGCAAAGAACAUCUUGGCCGCCAUGUGCAAAAGGAUCAUCUGCCUCAACCAGUGGCACCUUCGGCUACUUUGAUGGCUCCUCCUCCUCCGCCUCCACCACCUAAAAAGCAAAAAACCCAGGCGCAGGGUCGGUUAGAAGAAGAUGAGCUUUUAUCACAGUUACCACCUGAUGUCGAAGAAGUAUAUCGCAAAAACUGGAGCGCAGUCAAAACACAUAAACGGUACGGGAAACAUCAGUCGGUGUUUACGUUUUUUUGGGCUCCCAAUGCCACUCCCCUAUGGAGACAACGUCUCGUGGAACUUUUUGAUUCUCAAAAGAAGCGUUUUAAAAUUAAUUUUUCCCACUCCUUUUUGCUAAAAAAUAAAACUUCAAAUGAGUUAUCGUUUUUUCAUGCCUCUGCCAACAACCACAGAGCACUAAAAAGUCCCCGUCUGAUUUCUAACAAACAAGAUUUUUUGGACUUUGUAAAUCAAAUUCAAGACCACGACGCGUUGGAGCACGCCCAAAACGAACGUCCCGACAGUAAGGUGGCGGUGGAGGCCAUCAUGUCCACCUCCUUUUAUGUCAACCCCAUCGCCGACUUUCCUAUCGGUUGUUGUACAGAUGAUGCUUUACCCGAAUACAUACAAAAUAACAAAAGCCUGCAUACACUUCAAACAGACGAACACAACAGACAGGCGUACCGUGACAAUCUUUGUUUUUUUAGAGCCCUCGCAUUACACCGUGGCGCCAACGUACACUCGUUACAGAUCCCUGCGCGAGAACUGUUCAACCAAUGGUCCGCGUCUGCUUCUUUUUCUGACUUUCCAGGAGUGACCCUGCUAGAUCUGCCGAGUUUAGAAGAUAAAUUUAAAGUAAAUAUCGAUGUUUUUCAGUUUGAUGAGAGUCAGUCUCCUCCCGUUCUCGUCCCCCUCCAGCGGAGCGCGUACAAGUAUACAGACGUUCUCCGUCUUUUACAUUACAAGCAACAUUUCAUGCACAUCAUCGACAUCGACAAGCUCACGCAUGCGUUUCAAUGUCCCAAGUGCGGAAAACUUUGGAAAAAAAAUUGGAUGAUGGAGCGACACGAAAAGAAAUGUCAGGGUGAUAAGGUAAAAGAGACGUAUCAAGGCGGGGUCUAUCAGGGUACACCCUCCGUCCUGGAAAGUUUACAAUCGCACGGGUUUUCGGUCGACGCGUCGUUUGUUUUUCCGUAUAGGGCCACCUUUGAUUUUGAAGUUUAUUUUGAUCGCUCUAGCCUUCCCCAACCCCACAGCAACAACACGCGGUACACAGCACAACACGUUCCCCUGUCGGUGUCGGUAGCCAGUAACGUUCCAGAUUUUAAAUCGCCGGUUUGUUUCGUCAGCGACGGCGACUCUCAACACUUGAUCGAUCGCAUGGUCGAUCACCUAGAAAAAAUUUCGGACCGUUCUUAUCUUUUAUUAUGCGAGCGAUUUAGUGACGUGCUUACAGAGCUAGAUGCUGUCGAACAACAACAAAACAACUCCCCUGACAGUAUUCAAAUUCCCACCGCCGCCCUCAAAGCCCGAUUCGACGACUACUUGCGUCAACUACCGGUCAUAGGGUUUAACUCGGGGAAAUAUGACAUCAACGUCAUCAAACCCUACCUCGUUCGCCGGUUUGUCCUUUGCGAAAAAGAAACAGACGAUGACGAUGUUGACGAGACAAAAAAACCCAUUUAAGUUUGUGGUGAAGCGUCACAACGCAUUUUUGUGCAUUUGCACCCAAAAGCUAAAAUUUCUAGACGUCGUCAAUUUUCUCGCGCCGGGAUUUAGUUACGCAAAGUACUUGGCUGCCUACAACGUCACAGAGCAAAAAGGUUUCUUCCCCUACGAAUACGUCACCUCUCUCGACACACUACAAGAACAGCAACUCCCUCCCCACGCCGCGUUUUAUUCGACCCUCAAACAGAGCAACAUCACAGACGAGCAAUACGCCUACUGUCAACAGGUCUGGGAGACUCGCAACAUGACGUCGAUGCGAGAUUUUCUGAUGUGGUACAACAACCUCGACGUUGUGCCUUUUCUGCAAGCGCUCGACAACCAGAUCACGUUCUACGCUACUCUCGGUGUAGACAUGGUGAAAGACGCUAUUUCGGCUCCCGGCAUCACACUGCGCUAUCUCUUCAAAACUCUGCCUUCCGACGUCUACUUUUCUCUUUUCGAUGACAAAACAAAAGACAUCCACUCGCUGCUUCGCGACAACAUCACAGGCGGUCCCUCCAUCAUUUUUCACCGCCAUCACGAAAAAUCUCACACGUUUAUUCGCAACAACCUCAGCAAACCCGUACAAAGCAUAGAGGGCUUCGAUGCCAACGCCUUGUAUCUCUGGGCCUUAUGCCAAAACAUGCCAACGGAACACCCGAUCAUCCGUAAAAAAGAGAAUAAUUUCAAAGGGGAAAAAAGAGACGUAUACGGUCAAAAGUGUCGCGAGUGGUUAGAGUGGGUCAUGUUUUGUAAAAACAUUCACAUUCGGCAUAAAUUUAAUUCAAAAGAAAAACAGUUAGGAAAAAGGCGAAUUCGCGUCGAUGGGUGGCAUUCAGAAACGCAGACCGUCUAUCAGUUUCACGGCUGUCUUUUUCACGGACACGAAAACUGCUCCCUCACGCGCGGUCGCGUCAUCAACCCGUUUAACAAAAAGCCACUCGUCGAGUUGCGGGAAAAAACGCGCGAGAUCACCGCGUACUUACAAAACGUCGUCGGUGUUGCGGUGCAGGAAAUGUGGGAGUGCGAAUGGGAAAAAAGAAAAAAGACCAACCCCCAAAUCUCCACCGUUAUACGCUGUAAAAAGCUCCCCUCCUACAGUUCCAAACGAUAUCCCACCGAAAACGACAUUUUAGCCGCCGUGAAAGACGAAACGCUGUUUGGCCUGGUGCAGUGCGACCUUCACGUCCCCGAGGCGUUGCGCGAGCGGUUUAGCGAGAUGACGCCCAUCUUCAAAAACAUUCAUGUCACGCGCUCCGACAUUGGUCCUUUCAUGCGAGCGUACGCGGAAAAAUAUAAACUGUUGACCGGUUCCACAAAAACGCUCAUCGGCAGCUAUGUCGGAAACAAAGUUUUACUAGCGACUCCUUUGUUAAAAUGGUAUCUUGAAAAUGGACUCAUAGUCACUGCCGUUUACCUGGUGAUAGAAUACCAGCCCAAACCUUGCUUUAAGGCUUUUGGCGACAUGGUCACCAGCGCGCGACGCCAAGGAGACAGCGAUCCGUCCAAAAACAUUUUGAGCGAAACGUUCAAACUGUUAGGCAACAGUGCUUACGGCAAGACGCUCACCAACAUCGCCAGGCACUGCGACAUUUACUACGUCGGUGACUCUGACUGUGAAAAACUGAUAAACGACAGUCGCUUUCAAAAGCUGACGGAACUGACGGAAGACUUGUACGAGGUAGAGAUGGCCAAAAAGAACAUCAACUGGGGCCUCCCCUUACAAAUUGGCUAUUUCGUCUACCAGUACACCAAACUGAGAAUGCUUCAGUUUUACUACGACUGCGUGGACAAGUACGUAGACCGCAGCAACUUUCAGCUGUGCGAGAUGGACACGGAUUCGCUGUACAUGGCUUUGGCUGCACCUCGCUUCGAAGAUGCCGUCCGUCCCGAAUUGCAACAACGGUUUUUUCAAAAAUACACGCAAUGGUUCCCGGGACAAGCAUGCGACCAACAUCACCAAGACUUUGUGCACAGCAAAACAAACCACAAACCCUGGGACCCCUCUGCCUGUCCUGCCUGUCUCCAACGCGCUCGUGACGACAAACGCACGCCGGGCUUGUUUAAAACAGAGUACACAGGCGAUGGUAUCGUAGCUCUCUGCAGCAAAACUUACAUUUGUUUCGGUGACUCGCAAAAACUCAGCACCAAGGGUCUAAACAAACACCAAAAUCAACUUGACCACAACCAUUUCAAACAGGUUUUACAGACACAGCAAGCCAGCGGUGGAUGCAACACCGGUUUUAAAACAGAUGGUAAAUCUAUGUUUACCUACCAACAACACCGCAACUCCUUGUCCUAUCUGUACAUCAAGCGAAAGGUCCUUGACGAUGGGGUGACUACCGUGCCGUUAGAUAUUUGAGACUGCUGCUCCCGUUUAGACUGUGGUAUCUUCAAAACUGUGAUAAAAGUUUUUCUUGUUCUUUGUGCGUCAAACACAUUUUUGCCAGUCAAACAAAAGCCCUGCCUCCUCGUGGCGACUGGUGGACAAAGUUUAUUAAAGUUUAUACUUUUCUAAGCUUUGACGAAAUGGGCUCUUUCAAUGCAUUUUCCCCAAAAACAAAAACAAGGGUGGGGGUCUCAGCAAUAAUCACUCGGGGUAUAGCAAGACGAGGAGGUAUGACAAAAUGGCCGCCACGGAUGUGACAUCAUCAAGAUGGCCAACCCCAUGCGACCUCCGGCAAGCUGGCGGAUGUGACGUCACGGCUCCCCAAAACGGCUCCCCAAAUAGGGGGUGAAAACAACAUGCCUAUACUACUCAUGUGCAUGUAUGUGGUAGUGGCGAUGUUAAUGGUGGUGGUAGUGGUGGUGGUGUGGGUUUGCUGGGAGUGGAAGUGACAGUUCACAUUAUCAGUGAAGGUCAAUCAUUCAUUGCUGUCACCAGGUGACGUUUCCUCCCCUUGUCUUUUCCUGCUGUCAGCAGAAAACUUCUGAUUUUUUUAAAUGUUGCCUCUGCACUGAUCAAACCUGCAACCCUCUCUGACAUUUUUUUUUGGAAUAAUAAUAAUAUCUAACACGAGAUUCUUAGUUUUAUAUAUAUAUAUGUGUGUGUGGCAUUUACGAGCAU